AAUCUCUACUGAAACAAAUAAAUGUAGGUAAGUAGCGAAAGUAGGUACCGGUGUCCCCCAAAUGAUAAUCUGUAUCAACUGUGGCCGGUACUUAUGCAACGUGACGAGAGCCGAGCGCCGCUCGCCAGCAUCAGUGGCCACCACACCGCCAGCUGUGACGGCCAGCGCCCCAACCUCGCUAAACAAACAACCCGCUGCAACAGUGCCAUUGUUACAUUUGUGAUUUUAUGAAUAUAUCUUUAUAUAUUUUUUAUGUGUGUAAUAUAAAAUUGCGUCAAGAUGCUUUUGUGUAACGCUCUGACGUUACUGGCUGUGAUUUCUGUCGGAUGUCUUAAUUCAGUGUCCGGUCAAUCGGUAGUGUGUCCGGCGGUGCGCACCACCAGCGGGUGGUUGGACCUGUUCCCGUUGCCAUGCAGGAAGAAUUCAGAGUGUCGAGUUAUGGGGAACCAGCAUCUUUGCUGCAAAGGUUUCUGUACGAAAGGAGUCAAGCCCAGUGGUGCCAUUAAACAACAACGAGUGAGCGCGAUCACGAGUAGUGUAGUCGAGCCGAGUAGCAGCACCACACAGAGCACUACCAGCACCACCAGUAGUACUCCGAGCACGACAAGCACGACAAGUACGACCACAACCACAACAACAACUACAACCACUACUACAACUCCGAGUACUACCAGCUCUACAACCACCACUACCACGACGACGACGCCGAAGCCCACGACGACUACAACCGAGGCUCCUCGACCGUUCUUCCAGCUAUUACCUAUACAGAUACCUCAAGCGACAACCGCGGCCAGUGCGCCACCAAAAACAAGCAAUGACAUAAUAGCCGACGUAACUUUCUCACGAUCACACAACACUGAUAGUUUUUACGAGUAUAACGUGGAUUACUCGAGUGCAGGCAAAACGCAGAAACUGGUGUGUCCAAAGUCACAAACACCGGCCAUCCUGUUUCCCAUCCCGUGCGAGAAGAACUCGCAAUGCCGCGCCACGAUCGGAGCCGACCAAGUGUGCUGCGCCGGACGCUGCGUGAAAGGUGUUCCGGCGCCGCGGCCGACCGCGCCACCCAAAACUCACCAACCUUUGUUAGGUGUAAUUCCCCGUGAAUGUCCAUCGACACCGUUGGGGGAACUGUUGUUUGAAGUCCAAACUUGUAAAGAGGACUCGGACUGCUGGCCGCGGAUUUGCUGCCCCGAUGGAACACGGUCAUACUGCCGCACGGCGCGCGCAAGGCUCGAUCUGGUGCCCGUUGCCAAUCAAAUUGAUGGACCGGUGCGGAUGUUCGAGCAGUACUUGCAGUGUACACCUCCUCCAGAAUACGACCUGUUCCCUCAAAAAUGCAGCUCUAGUGUAGACUGUUUCCCGAAUUUGUGUUGUGCUGAAGGUGGCAAGAAGCACUGUCGUCCACCACAGCGCAGCCUUCUAGCCCUACUUGCUGGAGUGGGACAGAGAGUUGGAUCUACGUUAGGCAAUCUCCGAGGAAAUAACAACAACUCAUAAGGGAUAUAAAUUAUGUAGAUAUAGUAUUUUAUACUUUUGUACAGUUUUAUAUAAUAAAUAAUUAUUUAAAAUG